CGUUCACUUCGCCCCACCGCAGCCCAUCCAUGAGCAAGUCCCUGAGAGACCCGGUGGUCAUCCACCUCCUUGGCGACAAGGGCGUCGGCCGGUCGACAUUCAUCCGGUCGCUGGCCGGGCCGGAUUAUUACACCACGCGCCGGCGGUUGGCCUCUUUCUCCUCCUCUUCCUCCUCCGGCUCUGACGACGACGAGGACAACCUCGACGACAAGGACGCCGCCCCCGGGCAUGUGAGCCUCUCAAUGUACACGAGCUACGGCGUGGUCACGGUCCAUUUGCACGAGACACCCAAUGGCCUCUUCGAGGGCCCCCUCCGGUCGGAACUCUACCUGGAUGCCGACGCCGUGCUGCUGAUGGCAGCCGCCGACAUGCCGGACUCGCUGGAAAGCGUCGGCCAGCAGUGGUACCACGACCUCCUGCGAAACAUCCCGGAGUGUCGGCGCUUCCUGAUCCUGUCCAAGGCCCACCUGCAGGCGGACAAGGCCGUCAUAGACCGGCUGGCCCGGCGCUACCGGCGUCCUGUCACCCUGGAGGCCUGCCAGGAGCUGGCCACCGCCAAGGGCUUCACCACCACCCUCGAGUGGGACAAGAACAUGCUCGACGACCGGUUCGCCUUCCUGAAGCCCGUGGUGGAGUACGUCCUGCACGACCGCCGGCACGGCCGGCCGUCCGACAAGCACCAGGACACCGGCAAAUGCGUGGUGCUCUGAUCGCCGGGCGCCCGACCGGCCCGGCCGAAAUACACCUCGCUACUGGGCGGCUCUUCUGGCGUGCGGCCACGCGGGGG